AAUGAAGUAUCAACAAAUUCAACGAUCUCACUUAUUGCAAUGACAGGAUCGGUAACCGAGUUUCAAAAGUAAACACUGUUCUAACUUGUAAGUUUAUAACCAAACUAAACACCAUAGCUGUUCUGGCGAUUGGGUAAUUCUAAAAGGAAAGAGGGGCAAUACCGUGAUGACACACCUGUCUGGAAAAUUUUGGACUGGUGCAAACUGCAAAACAUGAAGAUGAGAAGCUCGAAGGGGAUAAGAAAUGGCAGUUCGUAGUUCAGCUCCGAAGCGGUAGAGGUACUCUUUCCAGAUAGCCUACUGCUGAAAGAAAAAGACCCAUUUUUAUCACUCUUUUUAUACAUUGAGGAUAAAAAAGCACCCGUCAAUUUCUUGAUCACUGAAGUAACUAUCUUUUUCAAGAUUGGAUUUUUUAUUUUUAUGUUCUCCUUGACUAGGCUUCUCAAUGUCGUUUGACAUACGUUGAUAAAGACCCCGGAAAAUUGUGACUCUGUAUCAGGAUGGGUAUUUUAGGGAUUUACUCUUUCACCAAUAUUUAGUGGUGAUUUGCAGAAGAAAAAGACAGGGUCUUUGUGAGCUGUGGGUAGUGAGAAAUGGGAAAGAAUGAAGGCUGGUUACUACAACUACUGCUACUUGUGUCAACAGAGGGGCCACCAAUAAAGAGGCGGGCAGGGUUGAGGAGGAAACAAGCUGGGAGAGGAUCUUAUAGAGGGAGUUAGGUAUAUCAAGCUAAGAAAUUAGAGGGGGGGGGGGGGGGGGGUAAUUAGGCGUUUUAAAUAUCAGCUGUGACUUGACUCGGUUUCAAGAUUUAGGGUUUCUUGAGGUUUAAAUUUCUGCUGACUGGUGAAAUAAGAAAAAGAAAGAAGAAUAUGGGGUUCUCAUUGCACCAAGCACUUACUGACCUUUGUUGCAACGCUGUUUGGAAGUAUGCUGUUUUCUGGAAGCUUACACAUCGUGCGCGCAUGGUGCUGACUUGGGAGGAUGGAUAUUAUGGUAAUACUGAGAACCAAGAGAAAAAAUGGCUCAGUAAUUCAGCAGGAAACUUGAUGAAUUGUCAUAAAUAUUCACAUGAUGCUCUUGGUUUAGCCGUGGCCAAGAUGUCAUACCAUGUUUAUUCUCUAGGGGAAGGGAUUGUAGGACAAGUGGCUGUUACUGGUAAACAUUUGUGGAUUUCUACUGAUAAAUGGGCAGUUAACCCAAGCUCCUCAUUCCAGUAUGGAGAUGAUAGAUGGCAACCUCAGUUUUCCGCUGGUGUUAAGACCAUAGUUGUUGUGGCAGUUGGUCCUCUUGGAGUUGUACAGUUAGGAUCUUUGGAGGAUAUUCCUGAGGAUAUGAAGAUGAUCAACCACAUAAGGCAUGUUUUCUCGGAGGUCCACAAUUCUAUUGGUGGUUCUCACUUGCAAGGUAGCAUUCAGCAGUAUAAUGUGGAGCCUUCUUGUAUGUCAGAUGUGUCCACUAGAACCUCAAGUACCUAUCAUAAUUGCAUUAAUAAUCAUCAAGACAGAAGUACAGAAAGAGUUCCCAACAAGAGCGAAGGUAAUCCUGGGGCACCAAUUUCUGAAAGUUUCAUCAUGGGGCAUAAAAGUGAAGGACAGGUGCAAGAAGCCAUUCCUACAGUGAGCAAACUAGAAGCUAUCAAUUUAAGAGAGUCAUUCUUAGAAGACAAUAACAAAACUCUCAAGUAUGAUGCUAGUGAUCCAAAUGCAUCAUUAUUGUCCUUGCCGGUUCUUCCCAGUGCCGGUUUGCAUAAAGAUUUAUAUAAGAACACACUCCAUUCUAAUGAAAUCGACACAAAUCAGACUCCUUUAAGCUACUACUAUGCUGGAUGUGAGCUAUAUGAAGCAUUAGGACCUGCUUUUCAAAAUGGUAGAACUGCCAAUCUCUGGGAGUCAGAAAAUGCGGAAACGGGUGAUAGCAGUCUGUUACUGAGUGAGAGCAAGACAGAUCAACUCUUGGAAGCAGUGGUGGGAAAUCUUAGUUGUUGGCAAGAGAGUGAUGCUAGAUCUGUUGAAAAGGCAGAACCUUGCAGCAGUGAUAAGGGCACAAUAAGUUCAGCGGUAUAUUCGUCCAACUCGUCAGGGGCGUAUCUGGAAAGACAACAAGAAACAAUUAGACGAACGAGUAAACGGAGGGCUAAACCUGGAGAGAGUUGUCGGCCUAGGCCAAGGGACAGACAACUCAUUCAAGAACGCAUUAAGGAGUUGCGGGACCUGGUGCCUAAUGGUUCAAAGUGCAGUAUCGAUUCACUUCUGGAGCGGGCGAUUAAGCAUGUGCUUUACAUGCAAAGUGUUACGGAGCAUGAUGAAAUGCUAGAUAAAUGUACUGCAUCAAAGUGGCUGCUUGAGAAGGAAUCAGUUACCCACAAAGGGUCUUCGUGUAAGGAGGAGCAAGGUUCAAGCUGGGCGGUGGAAGUGGGGAGUAGUAACUUGAGAGUUUGCCAUAUAAUGGUAGAAAAUCUUAACACAAACGGUCACAUGCUAGUUGAGAUGCUAUUGAAAGACUGCAGCCACUUUCUUGAGAUCGCCGAGGCCAUCAGGAGCUUGGAACUUACUAUACUGAAAGGAGUAGCAGAGUCUUAUGGUGAGAAGACACUCAUGCGCUUUGUGGUUGAGGGGCAGGAAAAUCAAAUAAUACAUCGCAUGGAUGUAUUAUGGUCAUUGAUGCAGCUACUACCAACUGAUGUCAAUGUGUGAGUGUGACAGAAUGGAGGGUAAACUGCCCAUUGAACAGACAUGCAGCAUUUGGUUUAUAAAAUGAAGGCUAUGAAUCCUAUGACGAAGAUAAAGGCUACUUUGAGGUGCAGGAGAAGUGAGUAUAUGGCUGGACCAUAAAGGCUACUUUGUGGUGCAGGGGAAGAGAGGAUAGGUCUGGACCAUAAAGGCUACUUUAUGGUUUCCUGUUUUUAUUUAUAAUAGUUCUGUACUUCUGUUCAGUGUUCAUAUAUUUGAUUGUGUGAAUAUGGUUCCUUUCCAUGCUUAGCAAUUAUAUUUCUCUUGUAAAUUGAAUUAUUUGUUCUCGUUGUUGUACCUAUGAUUUUGAAGUCCAUGUUCCAGAACUGGCAUGUUGAAAAUAUUGUAAAAUGUUCAUGUUUAAACACACCAUUAAUCCUGGGCAAUGCACUAGAAUUGCUUCAUUUAGGGUCUAAACUCUAAA